AUGGCAUUACGUCAAUUAUUACCUCGUACAAUUUCGUUGUUAAUAACUAAUACGUCACCGGUCUUAUCCAAAGUUCCGGCGGUACGUUCAUUUUAUGAUCGAUCUGGAUGGAAUUCUUAUCCAUUUUUUGGUGGUGCAGCAAACAUAUUUCGAAAUCUUGAACGUGAAUUUGAUCGUAUCCAACAACAAGUUGAUCGUAGAUGGCUAGGAGAACAAGAUAGUCAGUCUGACAAAAGUAGAAGUUUAACAACCCAAAAUAAUCGUUUUGAUCAACAUGAUAUGAUUGUUACCGAAAGCGAUGGUACACGCAAAUUUCGUCUAGCAUUUAAUAUGGAAGGUUUCGAGCCAGAAGAAGUUAAAAUAAAAACAAAUAAUGGCAUGAUAACAAUAACAGCUAAAACAGAAAAAAAAGAUGAAAAUACAUAUUCAUUGCGUGAGUUUAGUCAAUCAUAUUCAUUGCCAUCCGAUUUAAAACUCGAUGAUUUACAAUCGAAAUUUACUGAUGAUGGUAUAUUGACAAUUGAGGCAUCUUUACCAAAAGCUGAACCAAGAGAAAGAUUUAUACAAAUUGAACAUGAUAGCAGUAAUUCAACAACGCAAACACAACAACAGCCUAAAGUUAAUACAACAUCAUCAAAUCAGCAACAACAAGAAUCAAAACAGCAGGCUAAUGUCUCACACGAUUAUCAAGAAGAAAAGCAGCCUAAACGUGCUGCUGCAGCAAAAAAUUAA